CUUCGUGUACGGUCACAUUAUCGGCUGACAAUUGAAAAAUUGGGAGAAAAAACUUUAAUUGGGCCGGAAAAUGUGCUCAAAAUUCGUUAUUUUCGCCUCCCUAUUGGCCCUGGUCACCAGUGAGGUGGUCAUUGGCCAGGAUGAACUGGUGGACGAGGUCUCCGGCCUGUACACCAUUGAAGGCCGUGUUUCCCCGCCCGAUUCCAUUCUGCCCCCGGUUCAAGGUGGUCGAGGUGCUCCCAUGAACAAGGAUGCGCCCAAGUGGCAAACAGAGAUCACCCUCUCCAUCAACGACGGCGAGUUCAAGGGAUUCGUGCGCGAGGAUGGCCAGUUCAUGAUCAGCGGAGUGCCCUCCGGCAGCUAUAUCCUGGAUGUCCACCAUCCGGAUGUGUUCUAUGAGCCUGUGCGCGUCGAGAUCAAUCCCAAGGGAAAGUUCCGCGCACGCAAAGUGAACUUUGUCCAGCCGGCGCAAAUCAUGCAGGUGCCCUAUCCACUGCGAGUUAAGCCACUGAUGCCGUUCAAAUACUUCCAAACCAGGGAGCAGUGGAAGAUUACCGACUUCCUGUUCAGCCCCAUGGUUCUGAUGAUGGUGCUUCCCCUGCUGCUCAUGCUGGUCCUGCCCAAGAUGAUCAACGAUCCCGAGACCAAGAAGGAGAUCGAUAAUCUGCAGUUCCCAAAGAUGGGCAACGACAUGCCCGAGAUAAGCGAAAUGCUGACCUCCCUGCUGACGGGCAAGCAGCCCGAGCCCAAGGAAAAGAAACCCGCUCCGGUCGCCAGGCAGACCAAGAAGCGCAAGGAGUAGUAGCUCGCCAUUAGCCCUAAUCUUGUAUAGAGCCACAGGGCUCAGAAAGUCAAAGUCAUUUCGAGUAAAUAGUAAAUUUUCAUUAUAA